AUGACGCACACGGAUGCAAAGCUGGCGACGGCGCUUGACGCUAUCGACAUAAAUGCAAGCUUUUCGAUAACGCGACCAAAGUCUGUUUUUCAGCUGGCUAGUGCCCACACCACAGGUAGUGGACGCUUUGUGUUACCAGACGUAGCGCUGCGCAAAGUGGUCAAGAAGCCAAUAUUUGAGAAUUUUGAUGACGCAGCAUAUCAUGUGAAGCCGCCGACCCAGAUGUUGCGCUUUAUCGAUGGUUUACGCUAUCACAAACCGACACCUGAGGAAAGCGAAGCAUUAAAUUUGAGCAGCUCAACGGAGAGAAUUUACCUUCAUGUGCUGAAUGACAUUUUGUUGAUGUGUGGCGCGCGAAAGGGUGCUCGCUUCAGCUCGCAAGAUGUAAAUAAAUUGAGGAUAAUUGCAGAAGGACUAGACGCCAGGUACAAAGAACUGGAUGGGACCUUUCGAUCUCUACCAGCAGAAGUGAUGAGGUAUCGCCUCUUUGAGGUUAAAAGACUCGAGGAUGAUCCGUCGCACUUUGAGUUUCUGUCGAACCGAAGUCGCAAGAGUUUGGUGGGGCUUGAGCUUCUGGAUCCUGAGGACCAAGUAAGGCGGCAAGCUUUUCAUUUUCAGUGGCUUGCGAGGCAGUAUGUAGUGAUAUUUGCACAGCUGAAGACUGCAAUGCAGCAAAUUCGCAAACGAGUACAAAACGAUAUGGCUGCUUUGGGAUCGAUAUCUGCUCCUACUCUAGCAGACAUUAACGAUGCAGUAGAAGCUGAGUUCGAGGCGAAAACACAUCGACCAUUCCCAAUGUUUCUUUAUAUUCUCAUCCAGAAAUAUCAUCGUGAGCUACGCAAUCAAUGCACCCCUUGGACAGUAAAUUCCAAGGAUCCGCCCGUGGACUCAAUUGCACACUUUUCCCUUUAUUUAUCCAACGUCCUGCUCCAGCCGAUACCCAUGACGUCUGUUGAGCUAUUUAGUAUCCAAGAGUUGCUGCAAAUUAUCAAAGCAGAGUUUCAAGUGGACUACCGCUUGAUGAUUCUCGUGGUGACAAAGGUAGUACAAGCUGACGGUCAAGUGCUUGUAAAUACCUCGUCUCCAUCAAAUCCAUAUAACGUCUUUAAUGGAUUGAACGACCUUAAGUGUCGGUCGAACUCGUACCGACGACAAAAUGUCGUCCGUGUCCUUACGCAAAAAACCUUGGGCUCCUUACUUUUUGCUUUUCUUACUACAGUUCGUGAGCUUAGACUGGUUCCGCACGAGAAAGAGCUUUUAUAUAGCGGAAAAGAGACGAAGAAGGUAUAUCUAUAG